AUGAGAAGGACACAUCAUCUCUUGCAUUCAUCUUUGACUAUAUCUUGGCAGACAUUGCAUCCACCCCAGCAACAAAUUCUUCUCUUCAGUUCUCAGCGCUAUCUUCAACAAGAACAUCAUCGACAAUAUCAUUCAAGUGUAAGAGCGUUCUCUCGUGACCAUGCAGAACCCACUUCUCAUACUCCCUCAACCAUUCAGGGAAGUUCAGUCGAUCCUCUCUUGCAAUCGAAAAAGGAGAAACAACAAGUGUUGGAAAAGAAAACCAACUUGAUGGCUGACUCUGUGAAAGAGAAUGCAACUUCCAUGAAUGAAGAGUUGAGAAAAGAGCAUGAAUUUACCCCAGAGAGUCUAUUCAAUCGUGAAAUGUCCAAAGAUAUUGAUGAAUCCAUUACUGAUAAAUUAAAUCGAACCAGAAUCAUUGGCAAUAGGGAUGAAGGACAAGAUUUGACUCGGGAAGCAGGAGAUUGGGCCAAAGAGCAAGCCAAAAUGGAGCGCAAGUUUGGUGUCUCGACCACAAACCCAGAGAACUUGAAAGGGGAAGAGGAAGAAAAAUCAAUCCCAGGAAGGAUUAAAAGAGGACUAAAAGCUGCCAAGAGAUGGACCAAAACAUUCUUAACAGGUUCAUAA